GCUAUCAAAGAUUUAAUGAUUUGAUUAUUUAUUUAGAAUAAUUGUUAAUUUGGACAAGACAUCGAAAAAAGUUGCAGUGCGACUUCUCAAGGCGAUCCGCUAUCUUUCUGAGCUCAGAGGUCGGAGGAUCACCACACUCCGCCGGACAUGACGGUGGUUCCUCACCGUCAAAAUUGAUCGAAAGCAUCAAUUAAACAAUCUGAGAAUCGAGUAAUCGGAGGAUAAAUCGGCGGAGAUCACAAAAAAUGUCGGUGGAGCCUCCUCCUUUCCAAGAAGCAGCCCGUUGCGAAGUCUGCAAAUGCAGUUUCAACACCUUCCGGCGACGGCAUCAUUGCCGAUGCUGUGGAAGGACGUUGUGCCACGAGCAUUCUUCUUUUCAAAUGGCCUUGCCGCAGUUCGGGAUUCAUUUCUCUGUUAGAGUUUGUGCCGACUGUUUUAAUAACUCCUCUCAAUCUAGAGACGACGUUCAACCGCCAUUGUUAGCCGUAGUUGAUCAAGUAGCAGAUACAGUUUCCCAAUUAAGCCUUGAUCAGGAUGUAAAUUCCGAGUCUAAACCAGCUGUGGAGCAUCAACCUGCCUUGGGCAUUCCAGAUUGCAAGUGUGGAAUGCCAUUAUGCAUUUGUGAAACUCCAGUCCAAUCUAUGGAAACAGAAGCAGUUCCUUCGCAGAGGAAAACAGCUUCCACCUCUACUCAGUACAAUUCAAAACCAAAGAAAACUGACUCCAAUCUGAGGAAUAGAGGAUCUACCUCCAACAGCAAGCUUAGAAAUCUUGCAGAUGAAUCGAGGAUUAAUUAUGAAGCAAGUGGCGAGGGGUUAAGGGAAGCAAUCAAGAACGGUGACACCAUUGCUGUCAAAAAACUUUUGAGCGAGGGUGUAGAUGCAAAUUAUCAUGACAAACAAGGAUUGUCUUUGCUGCAUGUGGCGGCAGUCUUUAAUCAGACUGAUAUUGUUUUUGCCCUCAUUGAAAGCGGGGCUAGCCUGGACUACAAAAAUGCUCAAGGAGAGACGCCAUUGGAUUGUGCUCCGGCUUCUUUGCAAUAUAAGAUACGAGAGAAGAUGGAAGGAUAAUGAACAAGGAGGAAGCAACAACCCGCAUAACCAGGGAGAUGACUUCCCAUAUUUUUCCAGUAAAUACUUCAAUAAUCUCUUCACCAGCGGCUUUACUUUCUCUUUUUAAUUUUUUUCUUUUUAUUACUUUUAAGCAAUUAUAGACCAUAAAUCUUCAAAUUAAUUUAUCCUUUUAGAUUUUCUCUGUAGUGAGUGCUGUUUUAAUUUGAAUGGUAUUUGUUAUGUACUUUAGAGGCUGUUUGGGAGUUCAGUUGAAAAAUGGUAUCUUCUUUCUGAAACUAAAUAGGUAGAAAGAUAUUUGGAUCUA